AGACUCUAGAUACAAUGAAGAGGAUCCCGUGAUCAGUAUUUACGGAAGUGAUGCCUCCUGAACUCUGUCAUUUCUGUUGUUAAUUCUUUAAGAUACGUGGGGUAACACUAUCACGGACCACCAAGAAAGCAGUGUCUGCUUAGCUCACUUAAUGUUAGCUUCAAAGGAACAUAUGCUUACCUGUUAGCUAGGUAGUAAAUGGUAGCAGGAACAACUGACAUUAGCUAACAUAGCUAACUAGCUAGCUUGAAAAUCGCAGAGGCAACAACUGCCCGGCCUUUCAGUUGCUCUCCUGCGGGACAUGGUUGUCUUGUUAGUCCGGGUGUGUUUGGGGGUCAUGUGAAGUCAUUGCAGACGGUUAGUUAUAAAUUAGAUAUUUGGGGUUUUCUCGUGGCCGUUUCUGGAAACGUUGACGAAAGCUAGCUAAGCGCUAGCUUGCUAGCCAGACGUUAGCACCAUGGGAGCCGAACAGAGUGGAGAUGCGGAGCACAAACACUCCGAUUACAGCUCAUCGGUGGUGCCCUCCCCAGCAAAGCAGAAAGCAAAGAUGGACGAUAUCGUCGUCGUGGCUCAGGGGACCCAGUCAAUGCGAAAUAUCCACAACGACCCAGAUGUCAUCAAGCUUCAGGAGAUACCAACCUUUCAGCCACUUUUAAAAGGCAACUUUUUAAGUCUUCCACCUGCUGACAUGAAUUAUAGUGUCAUCUUUCAGACCGACAGUUCAUUAGGAGUGCUGAGUGGCCAGACGUCACCCAGCAGUGUGUGUCUGGAAAGGCUGGAUACUGCGCAGGUUAUGCAGCUCUGCAUUCGCUACCAGGACCACCUACACCAGUGUGCCGAGGCCGUGGCCUUUGACCAGAACGCCCUGGUCAAGAGGAUCAAAGAGAUGGACUUGUCAGUGGAAACCUUGUUCAGCAUAAUGCAGGAGCGCCAGAAACGCUACGCCAAGUACGCCGAGCAGAUCCAGAAGGUUAACGAGAUGUCCAUGAUCCUGAGACGCAUCCAGAUGGGCAUUGACCAGACGGUGCCGCUGAUGGAGCGCCUCAACAACAUGCUGCCUGAGAGUGAGCGCCUGGAGCCCUUCAGUAUGAGGCCAGAUGGGGAUUCUGCCACAAAGUAGCCUCCUUAAAGCCAACACAGCGGUUUCUUUCCUGAAUCUUCAUCCAAUCCUGUGGCCAGGAAGAAGUGCAGGUCUGUCCAGCUGUAGGGAUUACAUUUUUUUAUUAUCAUAUUAGAGGUAGAGCUUAGGUGUAAAUGUGUUAGACUGCUAUAGUCAGCUCUCCAGGUCAGUUCUAUUUAUUCUUUUAUUUAAUGCAGGAAGUUUUGCUGAGCAACACAUGCUCCCAAUCAGCAACAUCAUACUUGCUAUAACACUUUUACUCAGCACACACACGUUCAUACCUGAGUUUAACCACAACCUUCUGCUACUGGCCACUGAGCAGCGCUACUAGAGCAAUUUAUGGAGUGCUGCGAUCAAAUGCAGAGGGCCUUGACAUUAUUUCUUAUCCCCUCCUUGCAGGGAAUCAAACUGGUAAUCUUCCAGGCACACACAUUUUUAGUGAUCUAAAGGCAGGGGAGGAACACUUUUAAUUGAGUCAGAACUAACUCCAUAUGCUCAAAAACUUGCAGACGUGUUGCAGGCUUUAGAGACUCAAGUCAGUGUGAGUGACAUUAAAGUAUCUCAAAAUUUUUCCUGCUGCUUUGGAGAUUUGCACAAACCUCCCAAAACGUCAAAGCUGGUCAAGAACUUGCACUUAACAUUACAAAUAUUUGUUGUUUGUGAUCGUGCUCUUCUUAUCGCUUUCACGCCAUAUGCCUGGCUCACUGUUUGGAAAUGCCUUACACGAACUGCUUGCAUGCAGAUUGACUGCUUUUAAUUUUCUGAACAAUAUCGUUGCAUCAUUUUGGAAUAUUAUGAAGAAGAGACUCAUGGAGAGAACCAAAACGGAUUAUUGCCAUUGGAUUACACAAGGAGCAUGGAUGUACUGCACAUUGGAAAUAAAAUGAGAAACCUCUUCUUGGACAGAGGGUAGUUCAAAUAUUCUCAUGAACAGUUUUGUGAUAAGAAAACUUGACUUUAAUUUAUUUGGAGACUUGCUAUUUUGCUGUUUUCCUGCAAAACAAUGAAGAACAUGACACAAAGGACCGAACACAGACCCUGACGCUUUAGGUUUUUCAGCAGAUUCGUACAGAAGAUCGAUACAGAGGUGGACAGAAACCAUUCUAGCAAGUUACCCAUCACAGAGUUUCCUGCAGUGCGAUUUCAGCAUUAACUUUGCAUGUUUGUUAGCUCUGUCAUCACACAUGCCAAAGAUUCCCAAAUCCUUAAAGCUGUAAGUGGUACUUUAGAAUUGGUCAUAUAUUUGGUCUCUUUGAGGAAAGUGACUGCUUUAUCUGUUGAUUAUUUGUUUCUGUAUCAAACAUUUUGCUUGUUAAGUGUAAAGGACAUUUUCUCUCUUACCUCUAGAGGUAUCUAUUGAUGCAGAUACGUUUUUUUUCCAGUUGUCCAGGUAUUUUCCAAGAUUUAUAUCACCACCACAAUUCAGUGUAGGUGACUGACAUCUUAUUUCUGGAGCACAGAGCAAUAAAGAUCAAGACCUUAAUCAACAUAUUUGGAGAAAAAGUGUGUUAUUUGGGAUAAUCUAAAAAACACAUGGCCAACAGUUUUAAUAUAUGCUAUUUUUUAGGUAGAAAAGUAACCAGGACAUUGUUUCUGAAAGACAAGAGAAAAUGUCAUUAACAUUUGUAGUAUUUGGUGGCAGCAAUCUAAAAACCUGGCCAAAUAAAAUCAUAACUAUUUGCAUGGCUAAAUACCACUGAAGCUAAAUAAGAAUUUUUUUUUCUUCCCUAAUUUGGGUGAACAAACACUUAAACUACAUUACCAUUGGUCAGUUUGUGUGGUAAUAUAAAAUAAGACUCCAAAGAAAAGUUUUAUUAUUGCAGCAGUGUGUCUGUAUGGGCUUGUGUAAAUCCACCAGAUGGUGCCAGAGAUAACUGGAGUCUGUGGCUUCAUAUUUGAAGGUUAAAAGUCCCUAAACAGCUGUUUCAGUGAGGAUUAAAGAUCUUGAGGUUCUUGAGAACUUUUUUCUUUUAAAUUUCCUAGACUACACGAUUAACCAAGAUAAUAAUUGCGAGAUCAGUUGCUAAUGAAAACGAGCAUUAGUUGCAGCCCUACAUUGCCUGCUGUUAUAUUUGUUAUCUCUAACUGCUGUGCACCUGGAAAACUCACCGUGAGCUGUCAAGUUAUAAGCUGUGGCACAUAUGCAUAUUUAACAGGGUUUUUAAUACAAUUAUUAUUAAUUAGGAGUGCUAAUUCUGAUCAGUGUGAUAAAAGACACAGAAAAGACAGAGAAAUCUUGUGUUUGUGAUGCUAGCAACGUCACAAGUCUCGAAGCCGGUUAUAUGUAUCCUUUGAGGAUUACACCAUGUAUGCAUCAAACCCAAAGACCAAAUCAGAAUUGGGCAUUAAAGGAUUUUGGCCAGAAAGCUUACUGCUAAUGGUGAGUGGUUCCUCUCUGGAGUCAGUGGUGGGUGGUGUUAUUUUCCCAUGAGCCAUGAGGUCUGAUUAGAAUUGUUGUGUACGUUGUUGAAUUUUUCAUCGGUGUAUAAACACGUUGAACUCAAUUACACCUACAAAAGAAUCCUCCUCCGGCUGGCUUGCUUUGAGGUACAGAAUUAGCCCGUUCGUUGACAAAAGGGACAUAAGACAGAAACAAGUUUUCUUCUGAAUUUAAAGCAGGACUCCUUUGAUAUGUUAUUGCUUUUCAUGUGUAAAUUAAAACCAGUGAAACAUUUCUUAAA